AUGGAGCCGGGGGGGCAGCGGCGGCUGCAGCAGCAGCGAAGGCUCCGUGAGCCGCGGCAGGAGGCGGAGGAGUACUACCGAGGCCACCGAGUGCCGCAGCGUCUGGAAGAAGCGCUCAACGCCCUCUUCCCCUUGCGACCCGCGGAUCUCUACGGGCAGCUGGCUAACUACAUUUCUAAAUUUUCAAAAGCUCCAGUAAUGUGCAAAUUAGUUGGAAGAAAAGUUCUUGAUGGACUUGGUCAGCCAACGUUAGAAGUGGAAAUAUACUGUACAGUUAAAAAUUAUGAGAAGAGGAUUUGUUCUGCUGUAAUGUCUUCUCAUUCUCAAAUACCUGAAGAUGCUUUACCUGAAACAAGUAAAGCUGAUGAGAAAGAAAGAAGUGACUCUGUUAAUACUGCAGUGGAAUGGGUGAAUGAAUCACUGAACACUAUGUUACGAGACUUGAAACCUACUGACCAGUGCAAAAUUGAUAAGCUGCUUGGCGAAUACUUUACCAAAAAAGUAGAAGAAAGAAAAGAAAUACAAAAGGAAGAGGGAGAAGCAGCAGAAGCUACUGUUGCCCUUAUGCCAUGCGAUCCAUCAGCAACAACACUACCUGGGAAAAAAAAAGCAGCAAAACCAGGGAAGAAGACAUCAGUUGCAGAGAAAGUGCUCCCACCUGCAGAACCCGUUGAACCAGUGCUGUGUGGCAGCGUAGCCAUUGGGGGAACAUCACUUGCUGUAGCUAAAGCUGGUGCCACCAUUAAUUGCAUCCCGUUGUACUUACAUAUUGCACUGCUGAAACACAAUCAGGAUUCACCUAAAGAAAUGACUCUACCUCUCCCAAUGGUUACUCUGUUGAACUGUGAAAAAAAUUCACCUGCAAAACUGAAAUUAGUGAAAGAAGUUAUGCUUAUACCACCAGUUCAGUUAUCACUCACACAGGGCAUGGAAAGAGUUCUGGAUAUUCAGAAAGAAAUGAUGAGACUGUUGGAUCCCCCAGGCAAAGUGCCCAGUGCUCAAGUAGCAGACAGUAAGAAAGGGAAGAAAUCACAAAAUACAGGGAAGAAAGCUCCGCCACAAGCCUUGAAAAGAAUAUCACACUUAGGUUGCCUCACAAUGGAAUAUGAUAAUCUAGAACAACCGCUACUCCUGAUGCAAAGAGUUUGCAACAAUAUAGGUCUGGAGCUAGGAACAGACAUGUACUUAGCCAUAAACUGUGCUGCUCAUGAAUUAAUGGAUUAUGCUAAAGGAAAAUACGAAAUACUCAGGGGAAAGUUCAAAAGUCCUGAUGAAAUGGUUGACAUGUAUGUGGAACUGAUUAAUAAAUUUCCUUUUCUUAUUGCAUUGAUAGAUCCAUUAAGAAAAGAG